AUGUACGGUUCCGAAUACACCAAGGAUGCCGACACGCCCUCAACCCUCACUCCAUUUGUCUAUGCAUCCACGUACACAUGGUCUCAGCUCUACACGCCCGUCAAUCUCGGAACUGUAUACGUGAUCAUAGACAACCUCAACCAUACGAAGACAGUCACUUCGACGAAUAGCUCAGCCCUCACAGCCGCGAGCACUCAAUUCUUGAACAACGGAACCCUCCAACUGCUCACUCGCACGGACACCAAUAGCGAUGGCACAGUAACGGCACCCGUUCCGACCGGUGUUGGCAGCACAAGCAUCGCAGCAUACCCGACCCCUUAUUUCACUGUGUCUGAUCCAAUUUACUGGAACGGACUGGCUCCUGUCGUACAAGACAGAGGAGUAUGCUGCCAGCAAAAGGUCGUGACCUCUGCCGUCCCGCAAAACCACUAUCAGUUCCCGCAAUCCACGGGCAGCACAAAUAGUCGUGACUUAAGAGGCUGGCUUUACGUGCUGACCUCUAACGCCGUUGUCUACUCUGGUGCCUCGAACCUGUCGUCUCUACUUGCGCCCGCCACUAUCAACAGUGUGCUGAACUUUUGCUCGGUACACUACCCUCCCGGCUACGAUGCACUUUGUCAAUCGUCGUCUGCACUGGGAGAAGUCAGUGCCGUUAAUGUGGCUGGAGAAUUACUGACGACGACGGUCCACAUUACUGAUUCGGCUUCGUCUACAGCGCCAGCGGCAAGUGCUGUGCCAGCUAAGAUCACCUCAUCAGGUUCGCCUCAGACUUCAUCAUCUGUUCAAGUAAACCCGGCAACUGCGAGUGUGUCUCCGUCAACAGCCCCGCAAACUUCCGUUGCAGCUGCGCAGUCAUCCAAUUCUGCCGGACAAUCAUCUAACGACAAUGCUGCGGGCCAAGGACAAUCUAGUGCAAGUCAAGGUCAACAAUCAUCUGCCUCUUCUGGAUCGUCUCAGUCGAGCAAGUCAGGAGCACAAUCGCAGGCUGGUAGCUCAGCAAAUCCGGGGCCAGCUUCAUCUCCAGCUACAACAGUCUCUGUCGCACCAGCGCCUGCGCCGGCACCAACUUCUUCGUCGAACAAUGCUGGCGGGAUUGUCGCAUCGAUCCUCGGUUCACACUCUACGGUCACCACACAAGCCUCUAAUCCAAGCCCUGGAGGUGUUGGAGGGCAGUCAUCGUCAGCGGCCUCGCCUGUACAGUCGAGCAACAAUCCGCCAGUUGUGAUCAGUGUCGGCUCCUCGACUGCAGCCAUCCAGACUGUCCAGGUCACCACAUCUAUCAGUGGCAGCGCAACCGUUGUGCCGGCUGCCGUGAUCGGUUCUCAGACAGUGCCGAUCGGUUCGACGGUGCAGGUCGGCAGUACACCAGUCGUCAUCGCCACGUCCGGAUCGCAGGCAUUCAUAGUUGUAGGUGGGACAUCUUCGGUCCUACCAGCGCCUGCAGCUGCCAGUACCGCUCCGUUUCAGCCAGCAGCAAUCAGCACAUCGAUCGCUGGAAGUGCGACAACCGUUCCUGGCAUAGUUGUCGGCUCACAGACUGUCCCUCUUGGGACUACUGUCACUAUCAGUGGGACUGCUUUCGCCGUAGUGACGUCUGAGUCACAGAUAUUCGCCGUGGUUAAUGGUGCCUCGACGCCUCUCGCUCAAAGUAUUACGAAUUCAGCGCCAAUCGUGGUCGCUGGUAGCACAGUCUCAGCUAAUUCUGCCUCGCAAUAUGUUGUCUCUGGCCAAACACUAGUACCGGGAGGCAGCAUCAUGGUGGGCACAGGCAGCUCGACGACAGUAAUCGUACUGCAGACCUCCGGCUCGCAGACUCUACUAGUGGUGGGAUCGGCUACUUCGACGCUUCCUGCAGCCGCUUCCCAGCAGACCUCGCUUAUCACUGUCGGUCCCGCCGUGCUCACUCCCCUUGCGGCCUCCCAAUACGCUGUUGGCUCCCAGACAUUGACACCAGGUGGUUCUGCUAUCACAGUUUCUGGCACUCGCUACAGUCUAGCAAGUGGUGCGACAGAGCUCAUCUACGGAUCUUCAACCACCAAGCUACCCACGAGUCCUUUUACCACCACACCACCACCUAUCAUAGUCGGCUCCUCCACUAUAACAGCAAACAGCCAGUCGGGGUAUGUCAUCGGCUCCCAGACUCUAUCGCCCGGAGGUUCUGCCAUUACUGUUUCUGGCACGCCUUACAGCUUAGCACCAAGUGCUACAGCAUUGAUUGUGGGAUCAAGCACAGAGAUUGCAACAAGCCAAGGAAACAUGGGAAGUUAUAUAUGGGCUGGAAUCGGCGCGACUGCGAAUGCCAACAGUACAGGACGAAGCUCUUCUUCAAGCGGUAUUGGCUCUAGCCCCACUACUGGCGUGUCGUCCACAGCUGCUCCGGCGACUUCAGCAAAUGCACCGAGCGCAUCACAGACGAGUACUAAGUCAGCAGCUCCUCGAGUCGGAACUAGCUUUUAUAUGCUCGCGGGCAUCAUCGCAUUCACUAUGAUACUACUAAUGUAA